AUGUUAUCAACAAGCCAACAACGUGUGAUUCUUGUCACUGGCGCCAACAAGGGUAUUGGCUAUGAAGUUGUGAAGAAGCUUGUAAAUGAAUUACCACUCAAUAAUAAUCUUAUUCUUCUUGGCUGUCGUGAUUUGAAACGAGGUGAAGAUGCUCUGAUUCGAUUAGGUUCUCCUCCGAAUGUUCACCUUCUUCAUUUGGAUGUCUCAUUACGAGAAAGUAUCACUCAUGCUACCAACAAAAUCAAAUGUAAAUAUGGCGGUCAACUAGAUAUCAUCAUCAACAAUGCUGCUAUUGGGGAACUAGAACUAACUGUCGAUAUAGCUCGAACGAUGUUUACUACAAAUUAUUAUGGUAUCAAAACACUGAAUGAACAUUUAUUUCCUUUCAUACGAGAGAAUGGUCGUGUGAUCAAUGUGGCUAGUAUAUCUGGUUCUAUUCUAUUGUCUGAAGCUUCAAAAGACCUUCAAGAAAAAUACUUAUCAUCAACAUUGACCACCGAACAACUCGAUUGUCUUGUAGAAGAUUUCAUUUCAGCUAUUGAAACAAAUACUUUCGAAGCACUAGGAUACAAUCCCAAGUCAUCUUACUUAAUUUAUAGUGUCACCAAGGCAGCAGUUAUUGCUCUUACUCAAAUCGAAGCCCGUCAAUGGUCUGGAUCUAAAAAUGUACUUGUCCUUUCUGUAUGUCCAGGAUUUUGUGCUACUGAUUUAAAUAGGAAUGCACCUGGUGCUCGUCCUGCCGAAUUGGGUGCUGAUUCAAUCUUACAUGUCGUCAAUGCUCCUCAAAAUGAACUUAAAAAUGGUUGUUUUUACCGAGAUGGUCAACAACUACCACAAGUUUAUAUGAUCGAUGACAAAAAUUGA